AUGGCGACGAAGUACGUUGAAAGGCAGAUCCCCAAAAUCUCGCUGCGAGACUUCGAGAACAGAAUUGACGAGAUCACCUCAGAGCUGUCAGAUGCGGCCGAGAACGUCGGCUUCUUCUCGAUUGUUGACCAUGGCAUCACCCAGACGGAGGUUGACAAGGCCUUUGCCACCUCACAGGCCUUCUUUUCCCUCCCGGAUGAUGUCAAGGCUACCGUACCGUGGAGCCCCAAAAACGUCGGCUGGGAGAAGAAUUCUCAGAUCCGACCGUCUACGGGUGCACCAGACCACAAGGAGUCAUAUCAGCUUCAGUUUGGAGAGAACAUGCUCUCCGGCGGGAAAGGCGACAAUGACUAUACUAGCAUGUGGAUGAGUGACACUCACCUUCCUGGAUUUAAAGACGAUUGCCUAGAAUUUAUGCACCAGAUUCAGGGAGUGUCAAACAAACUCAUGAUCUGCCUUGCCAGAAGCCUUGGAUUUCCAGAUUCAUACUUCCUUCAGUCUCACGAUCCUUCCGACCCAAAGUGCCAGACCGUCCUCCGACUGCUACACUACUUCCCCACGCCUGAAUCCAACGACGGGAAAGUCUGGCACAGGGCCGGAGCCCACGCCGACUGGGGCCUUAUCACGCUCCUCUUCCAGCGUGAGGGCGAGAGCGGUCUGGAGAUUUGCCCCGGGCGUGAGGCCGUGACCGAGUUCGGGCUCGGCGACACCUGGACCAAGGUCAACUUCGAACCGGGGGCGAUAAUCUGCAACAUUGGAGACAUGUUGAUGCGCUGGUCCGACGACCGGUUCAAGUCGACGUUCCACCGCGUGAAAGCGCCCACGGAGCCGGGUGACUAUUUCGGGGAGCGGUACUCUAUCGCAUACUUCACUCAGCCAAGCAAGGACACGCUCAUCCAGGGGCCAAAGAAGAAGUAUUCGGAGAUAACGGGGACGCAGUUCAUUGCGAAUGCUAUAAACGCGCAUUUCGCAGCUUUGAAGAAGAAGGUGGAAAAUCAGGAUGGACAGGCCGACAAGAUUUCAUCAGCUGAAGUAGCACCGAUUGUGAAGGCCACUGCUUGA